AUGCUGCGUGUCUUGUCGGCGGGGCAGUGGGUUCACUCCCCCAUCACCUCUGCGGUGGUGGUCACCUCAGUUGUGACUGAGACUGUUCGUCCCACGGUCACCUCGACCCAGAUAAUCAUUGUUGGAUUGACACGGACGGAAGCCUCCUCACCAUCCUCACCAUUCGCACCAAACGCUGGACCGUCGCCUCAGCCAGAAGUGACUGGGUGGCCGACGCAACCGGAGCCUGAUCAAACAAACGCAGGUCAAACGCAAACAUGGGCACCGGACAUUCCAAAUCCGAGCCACCUGCCAGUGCCAACUACCUCGCUGACAGAGCAAACGCAUCCCACGCCCACCAAGAUCACGGCAACCUUGAUGACCUCUCUCAGCGACAACCCUGCGCGAGCUCCAUCUGUCUUGCCUCUUCCCUUGCCAAGUGUCGUGACAUCCUCGAUGUCAACCUCGACGAUGAGCGUUGCGAGUACGGCGAGCUCGAGGCCUGGAACGACGUCCCUUGACCCCGAGCUCAGAUCACGCACGCUGAUCACGUUCAGUCGCGCGCCCGCCGCGAUCACCCCGAUGUCGUUCCCUGUCACGUUCACCUCUCUUUCGGCUACGCCUUCUCUCUCAUCGGCCGCAGGCGUCACAUCAGAGUCGACAUUUGCCGACAGUCCACAUAGCGAAAGCAAACCAGCCAUGCCGUCAGGUGCUAUUGUCGCGUGCGUGGUCGGGGGAGUGGUGUGUCUGGGAUUGGUCAUUCUUGCCUGCAUCUUCUGUUCAAGACGAAAGGGUCAAGGAUUACUGAGCAGCCUCGGCAUGGCUUCACGGCGCAAGAGCGAUGACUCUCUCACCACGCUGCACGCCCUGCGUGAUAGCGAAGCUUUCCCCAUGGGCGCCGUCCUGCCGUCUCAGCAUCCGAACAUGGCUCUACAAACCACGCUCAAUCAACUUCCACUUGUGGAUCCUGCCAAGCACGAGUCGACAAUCAGUGUGAGAAUCUUACCGUCUAGUCCUCGUGGUAAUGAGGUCGGCCUUCCCCCGUGCUGCUCCGGCGCUCCACGAAAUCAAGUGCAGACCUGCCUGCGCACGCCCUGGACAAUGUCUGAUCAUUCGGACUAUGGAUCAGAUGAAUCCAAGCUCGACUAUCUUCGUCCCGUAGACUUUGGCAGUGAGGCUCAUGUCAAUUCGUUACACGCGGCAUCCAACGGCGCCAAAAAGGACACGAUCAAGGUCAACCUCACCGGAUUCCCCGAACUUGAUAGACUCGCACCUCGGAGAGACUAUGAGAUGCGCAUGAGGACCCGUAGUAACCCGUUUGACCUUGAGUUACCGCUCACAGAUGUGCAAGAGAAUGAGCGACCCAACAAGGCGUGA